CUACAAGGAUUCUAAUUUCUCCACAUCCUGCAUUUAAGACUUGUAAAGCUGAAUUAAUCACAGGAUGAGGAAGUGGCCCCUCUGAAACAUUUUCCUCUUUCACAUUUUAAACUUUCUCUUUCAUACACGACAUGAAACACAGCCUACGCACGAAAGUGACUAGGAGGAAGGCUAUUAUAAAGUGAUGCAAACAGAAAUUCCACCAACCUCCACGUAUCAUCAUGUGUCAUAACUCAGCCAAGCUCAGUGAGCAUUCUCGUCACAUUGCCUCAACAGCUUCAAGGUGAGCCAGCUCAAGACUUUGCUCUCCACCAGGCAGAAGAUGACAGACUGUGAAUUUGGAUAUAUUUACAGGCUAGCUCAGGACUAUUUGCAGUACGUCCUGCAGAUACCACAACCUGGAUCGGGUCCAAGCAAAACGUCCAGAGUGCUACAAAAGGUUGCAUUCUCAGUCCAGAAAGAAGUGGAAAAGAAUCUGAAGCCAUGCUUGGACAAUGUUAAUGUUGCAUCCAUAGACACUGCCAGAACACUAUUCAAUCAAGUGAUGGAAAAGGAGUUUGAAGAUGGCAUCAUUAACUGGGGAAGAAUUGUAACCAUAUUUGCAUUUGAAGGUAUUCUCAUCAAGAAACUUCUACGACAGCAAAUUGCCCCGGAUGUGGAUACUUAUAAGGAGAUUUCGUAUUUUGUUGCUGAGUUCAUAAUGAAUAACACAGGAGAAUGGAUAAGGCAAAACGGAGGCUGGGAAAAUGGCUUUGUAAAGAAGUUUGAACCUAAAUCUGGCUGGAUGACUUUUCUAGAAGUUACAGGAAAGAUCUGUGAAAUGCUAUCUCUCCUGAAGCAAUACUGUUGACCAGAAAGGACACUCCAUAUUGUGAAACCGGCCUAAUUUUCUUAACUCUCAUCAAAACGAUUGUCAACACAUACUUCUAGUUUUAAACAAACAGCUGUGAUGAUGUAACCUGACUUUCCAUAGUUAUGGAAAAUUUUUCCCCAUUUAAUGAAUAAAUUGUAUGUAUUUUU